GCCCUUAGGAAUUGUAGUUCAGUUUCUGGGGAGAUGAUUUGGUCUUCCUACUAUCAAGUGUUCUGAGAAAUGCGUCCUCUGUGAUGUGAAAAUUCCCAUAUUUUCUGGAAUGAAUUUCAGCCCUAGAGUAUGCCGUUGUUAGGACUGUUCUUGGCGAGCAUGCACUUGUGGUCAAGCUCCCAGCACUGCCCAACGUCCGUUCAGCUCUGAUACGCGGAAGUGUCCGAGGGAAGGGUUUUGUCAAAUUAAUUGCUGCAUUGUAUGUCCUGUGAGAAAUAGGCCGUUUAGGCUAAAUGAAAAGCAACAAGUUGGACUGUUGAUGCUGCAAGAAUGUGUCGAUGGGCAUCCGAAAUAAGCCGAUAGGCAGGGUUGUGCUUGCUAUUGCUGAGCACUUGAGUGAUCAUUAUGUUGGUGUGGGUUGGAAUGAUGUGUCGAAUGCGAAAAAUGCGCCUGACCGUUCUUUGAACAGAUUUGAGAUUGUUGCAACGCUCUUUCUCAGGUUCUUCGUGCCGUGUGAUUACCAUCCGAAGCCAUGGCGGGGAACACUGGAAUGGAACAGUUGAUUCCAAUUGUCAACAAGCUGCAGGACGCCUUCACACAGUUAGGUGUUCACAUGCAAUUGGACCUACCUCAAAUUGCGGUUGUCGGGGGUCAAAGCGCAGGAAAAAGCUCAGUUCUGGAAAACUUCGUCGGACGUGAUUUCCUGCCGCGAGGUUCCGGUAUAGUGACGAGACGACCUUUAAUACUUCAGUUGAUCAAUAACAAUUAUGAGUACGGCGAGUUUUUGCAUUGCAAAGGAAAGAAGUUCACGGACUUCGACGAAAUCCGGAAAGAAAUAGAAGCGGACACGGAUCGCCUGACGGGUACAAACAAGGGAAUAUCGCCAUUGCCCAUUAACCUACGUGUGUAUUCGCCGAACGGUAAGGAUUGCAGCAAGUUGCUGAGGGUUCGGACGUAUUUGAUAAUCUUUUUUGGGGGGUGUCCAGUGUUGAAUUUAACCCUGAUUGAUUUACCGGGAAUGACAAGAGUGCCGGUCGGUGACCAGCCUGUAGACAUUGAAGCACAGAUCAAAGACAUGAUCCUUCAGUUUGUUCUGAGGGAAACGUGUCUGAUUCUGGCUGUAACGCCAGCGAAUUCGGAUUUGGCAACGUCCGACGCGUUGCAGCUAUCUAAGCAAGUGGAUCCUGAGGGUAAAUUUAUUGCUGCUCGCGUAGCAUGUUGCAGUUCAUGUUGUCAUCGCUCGAAUGUGUGCACAGUAGCUUCUCAGUGUUGUUUAUGUUGUUUUCGUUCACUUGUCUAGUUUUGAACCUGACUUUGGUUGACUUGCCCGGUAUGACCAAAGUGCCUGUAGGGGAUCAACCGCCUGAUAUAGAAAGUCAAAUUCGGAAUAUGGUGUUGACGUACAUUCAGAAGGAGAAUACGCUGAUACUGGCAGUUACUCCAGCGAAUGCGGAUCUCGCAACUAGUGAUGCUCUAAAAAUUGCGAAGGACGUUGAUGCGGGAGGCGUGAGAACUAUCGGGGUGAUCACCAAGCUUGAUUUGAUGGAUGAAGGCACAGAUGCGAGAGAAAUCUUGGAAAAUAAACUUCUUCCUCUCCGUCGAGGCUAUGUUGGUGUCGUUAACCGAAGUCAGAAGGACAUUGAUGGGAAAAAGGACAUCAAAGCUGCUUUGCAGGCCGAGCGAACGUUUUUCCUCAGCCAUCCAUCGUAUCGUCACUUGGCGGAUCGUCUCGGAACGUCCUACCUUCAGCGCGUUUUGAACCAGCAGCUGACGAAUCACAUCAGAGACACAUUGCCAUCUCUAAGAGAUAAACUGAUGAAACAAAUGCUUUCUUUGGAGAAGGAGGUCGAGCAGUUCAAAAACUUCAGGCCUGACGACCCAGCUAUCAAAACGAAGGCGAUGAUGACAAUGGUGCAGCAACUGCAGACCAACUUCGUCCGUGCGAUUGAAGGUUCUGGGUCGGCCAAUAUAAAUACAAACGAACUCAGCGGAGGGGCUAAAAUUAAUCGGUUAUUUCACGAGCGCUUCCCGUUCGAGAUCGUGAAAAUGGAGGUGGAUGAAAAGGAGCUUCGAAAAGAGAUAGCCAUAACCAUUAGGAAUAUCCAUGCUAUCCGGGUCGGAUUAUUCACGCCGGAUAGAGCGUUCGAGGAAACUGUCAAGACACAAAUCGAGCGGUUGAAAGAACCUUCCCUGAAAUGUAUCGAUUUGGUAGUUCAGGAGUUAUCGAACGUUGUCCGAAAUUGCACGGAUAAGAUGGGACGCUAUCCACGUUUACGAGAGGAGACUGAGCGUAUCAUCACAACUUUUAUCAGGGAGCGUGAACAAGUGUGCAAGGAGAGCGUGAUGCUUCUGAAUGAUUGCGAACUGGCGUACAUGAACACAAACCACGACGAUUUCAUAGGGUUUGCCAAUGCUCAGCAGAACACGGAGAGCAAGAUCAAAUCCGGCCAACGUCUCGGCAAUCAAGUCAUCCGUAGAGGCUACAUGUGCAUUCACAAUCUCGGCAUAAUGAAGGGCGGGUCCCGUGAUUAUUGGUUCGUCCUGACGUCGGAGUCGCUCUCGUGGUUCAAGGAUGAAGAGGAGAAAGAUAAGAAGUACAUGCUACCGUUGGAUGGACUGAAGUUGCGAGACCUGGAACAAGGUUUCAUGUCCCGUCGUCAUAUGUUCGCUUUGUUCAAUCCGGACCACCGAAACGUGUACAAGGAUUACAAGUCCUUGGAGUUAUCCGUGGAAACACAAGACGAUAUUGACUCGUGGAAGGCGUCUUUCUUGAGAGCAGGCGUUUAUCCUGAAAAGCAAAGUUCGUCCAACGACAACGACGAGGGCGGAUCUUCGGCUCAGGACGGCAUUUCUUCAAUGGAUCCACUGCUUGAACGCCAAGUUGAAACCAUUCGUAAUUUGGUCGAUUCCUACAUGAGAAUCGUAACGAAAACAACGCGGGAUAUUGUGCCGAAAACUAUUAUGCACAUCAUCAUCGGGGCUGUGAAAGCGUUCAUCAAUAGUGACUUGCUUGCCCAGCUCUACGCGUCCGGAGAUCAGAAUACGCUGAUGGAAGAAAGUGCGGAAGAAGCGAGGAAGCGCGAAGAAAUGUUGCGGAUGUACCACGCGUGCAAGGAAGCUCUGAAAAUCAUUGGAGACGUUUCUAUGGCCACGGUUACUACUCCGGUUCCGCCGCCUGUUCGCGACGAUUGGUUGCGCCCCGAGGAAUCCGGUAUGUCCCGUGCGUCCCCGCCAUCACCUGGAGCUGGGAUGCGCCGACAAGUGCAGUCCUCAGCAGCACCCGCUGGAGGGCCAGGCAGCAGCAGCGGGAGAAUACCGCCGCCUCCACCUGCGGGUGGAGGAGCAGGCGCAGGUGGCCGCCCCACGCCAAGCAUUCCAAACAGAGCCCCGCCUGCGCCACCGCCAGGUCGCGGAGGACCGGCGGGAAACCUGCCGCCACCGCUCAUUCCAUCUGCGCCUCCGAGACGAAAGCCAGCUACUACUAUAAAGCCCAAAUGUCGAUCUGAGCUGAGGAGAGUGUACCUUGCGUUCGCUGCAGUUCCGUCGCCAUCAUCAUCUUCUUUGGAACCAGGACCCGCUGGUCUCGACAGCCCCUUGGCAGCCGUUUGUGAGAAAAAGCGUGUCCAGAAGAUGAAGCAGAGGUUGGUUUUCAUGCGAGAACCUCAGUCCUCGCAAGGGGGAAGAGCGAGAGAAAGAAGGAUUUGCCGGUUCGAUGAUGAUGCUGCUGCCGCUGCUGCUUGUCCGGGCAAAGAGGGGGUUGGAAAGAAAGGAUCAGUUCGGACUCGCACGCGGUAG